AUGGAGGACGCUGAACUUGAAGCAAUAAGACAAACUCGAUUACGCGAAUUGCAGGCUCGUGCCGGAGGACCCUCAGUUGGUCACAAUGUUGGCAACGCGAAAAGCUCAGAGGAAGAAACUGAGCAAAAACGACAACAAGAGGAAACUAGACAAAAUUUGCUGAUUCAAAUUCUUGAUAAUGAAGCACGAGAACGGC